AUGGAGCAAAUCAUUGAUGAGACGUCACCAAGCGUACUCGUCCAACAUAGUCCGGUCUACCUCCGGGGCGAUUCCCCCACUAUUCCGGUCCCCGUCAAAACAGAGGCAGAUCAACUUCAUGAACUAACGGUCAAAGGACUGACCUACCGCUACGAAGGGUCGGAGAAUGGGAUUAACGAAAUCGAUCUACAAAUACCCCUUGGGUCAUUCAUCGUCAUCACCGGGCGAAUUGGGUCUGGCAAAUCAACCCUGCUGCGAACCCUCCUAGGGGUACUGCCAAAGGAAUCCGGAGAGAUUUACUGGAAUGGUGAGGUGGUGAACGAUCCCAAAUCGUUCUUCGUCCCGCCCCGUUGCGCCUAUACCCCACAAGUCCCACGACUUUUCAGUGAACCGCUCAAGGACAAUAUCCUCAUGGGAUUAUCAGAUGACCCGGAGCACUUAAUCGAGCGAUUCGAUUGGGUGUGA